UUAAAAUUUGUCUGGUUCAGUUUGGUUGUUGGUUAAUCUGAAAUAUAAAGCAAACUUGAAGGUAUAUCUGGCAUUGCAUUCGUUGCCCUGAGAAAUGUCUUCAAAAAUCCCAAGAGGUACGCACUUACCUGCAGAAUCAAAGAAAACGGGUCAUAAACUUGAGCCUAAAGAUGCAGCAACACUAGCACCAACAGCAAAUGGUGUCCCAAAAUCUCAAAAAGAAAAUGUACCAAGAAAAAAUGUUGCUCCUGCAGGUAACAAAGGUGCCUCCACUAGGUAUGGACAACAGGCAGAGCUCAGAGAGCAAAACCAGAAUUUGAUGAUUGCCAAUGAAAAGCUGCAGAAAACCCUCACAGAGACACAGCAAAGAGUUUCUGAACUAGAGCUGCAGUUCAGUGACCUUGAAAAAGAGAAAACAGAGGUUCAGAAACACCUAAAAGACUGUCACACUCUCCUAGUCACUGCAAAAAUCAAUCCAGUAUUAGGAGAAAGUGUUGGAGAAGCUGCACGACAAAAUGAAGUUCAACGAAAAGAAGUUAUGAGUGUCUCCACUGACCUGCUAAAUGAAUUAAGUACCUUCGCUGACAUUGCAUCACAGCAGUGUGCUCGAUUACAGGAAAUCCAAACAACAAUGUCCAACCUUGCAAAAACACAGGAACAGAUGAUGCAGGAACGGGAGAGCUUUGCCCUGGAUGCUGCUGAGAUGGAAAAAGCUCUCAAUGAAGCAGAAGCUCUGUUAAUGUAAAAGUGUACAUUUAUCAUUUUAAAACAAGUCAAA